CGUAGCGACACGGCACCGACCCUCUCUGUAUUCUUUUAGCACAGGAUAUGGAGUCGAUCUCCCCACUCUCUUCCCUUUCUUUCACUACCUGACGAUUGGUUUCUAAGGAAGAGCCAUCGCCUCGUUUCUCUCUCUCUCUCAAACCCUAAUACCGAUCAAUCGGCUCGUCUCCUAUGCUUUCUUGAACCCCUCUUUGCUACUCUAUAGCCAUUGUUUUUUUAAUUUUUUUUUUAAUUUUUAAUUUUAAUUUUUAAAAUCGGCUUUUGGGGGUGGGGUUGCAGCACUCACAAUCUGCUGCUCCGCCCUCUCCACUUUUCCCGUCUGACCCUGACACUUCCUUUUUCUUUCCCUUUUUGUAAUUUCUCUCUAUUCUUGCAUAAUGGUUAGUCUCAAGGAAAGUUAGAUUGUGCAACUUGUCCACAGGGAAUUUCUUUUCUUGUUGUUUUUUAAAAAAAGUCCAGGAAUAGUUGUUGAUACUUCCAACAAAGAAUGGCACCGAUUUACUAUAUCAUCAUCGCAUUCCCUUGUAUGGUUGGAGCAAUGGCACUGGCAAUGUUUCAUAUAUACAGACACCUUCUCAAUUACACCGAACCUACUUAUCAGCGCUACAUUGUUCGCAUCAUUUUUAUGGUUCCGGUUUUUGCGCUCUUGUCCUUCCUCUCCCUGGUCUUCAAUGAGAGCUCCAUCUAUUUUAAUUCAAUCCGAGAAAUGUAUGAAGCUUGGGUCAUUUAUAAUUUCCUUUCACUGUGCCUGGCUUGGGUGGGAGGACCAGGUGCUGUUGUUGUAAGCUUAGGUGGUCGGAUUCUGAAGCCAUCAUGGUGUCUGAUGACAUGUUGCUUCCCAGCAAUACCUUUAGAUGGUCGCUUCAUACGGAGGUGCAAGCAAGGGUGUCUGCAGUUUGUGAUUCUGAAACCCGUCUUAGUCGCAGUUACAUUCAUAUUCUAUGCAAAAGGGAAAUAUGAAGAUGGAAAUUUUAGUGCAACACAAGCGUAUCUAUAUGUCACAAUCAUCUAUACCAUAUCAUAUUCAAUGGCACUGUAUGCCUUGGCCUUGUUCUACGUGGCAUGCAGAGAUCUCCUUCGGCCAUUCAAUCCGGUUCCAAAGUUUGUCAUGAUCAAAUCUGUUGUUUUCCUCACGUAUUGGCAGGGUGUUUUGGUUUUUCUUGCUGCCAAGUCUGGAUUCCUAAGCAAUCCAGAAGAAGCUGCUGAAUUCCAAAAUUUUAUCGUAUGCCUUGAGAUGCUUGUUGCGGCCCUUGGUCAUCGUUAUGCAUUUCCAUACAAAGAGUAUGCAGGUGCGAAUAUCGGUGCCUCUCGUGGUUUGACAGGCAAUCUUGUCCACGCGUUGAAGUUCAAUGACUUAUAUCAUGACACAGUCCACCAGUUUGCUCCUACUUAUCAUGACUACGUACUGUACAAUAGUUGUGAGGGUGAAGAGGGAGCAACAAAAUAUCGAUCUCGCACCUUUGUUCCAACUGGACAGGAGAUGGAUGAUGUGAGAAAGAACAAACAUACACUUGGGAACAAAAUAGAUAAUAUACAGCUAUCAAGCCCAUCCUCCUCUGGCACCAUCACUCCCGAGAUAUUGAACACAGUACGGGACUCGAUGGAUCCUCAAGUGAUGAAACCUCCACUACUUAUGGAGCCUUCGGAUUCUCUCCAACAGUCAUAUGACCUGUCACUGGUUGAAUUAGAUUUGUCUAGCUACCCUGAAGAGGUUCCUGCAGUCAGUGACUCUGGUACACAAUAACAUAAAUAUCAAAUCAACGGGUGGAAGAUCUGAAGCUUUGGGUUAAUUUGUAAUUUUUCAGUCUUUGCAGAACUGAGCAGAGCGUUGCUGCGGGAUCCAAAUCAUGUUUUGAAGUGCUCUCAUCAGUUUAGUUCCUACCUGCAAGGAAGGAUUUACUAAAAAAAAAAGCACGGCCUAGUGGAUGCAAAUCUCUUAUCCUUUCUCUGAAGAGUGACCACAUAUACUUACGUGGGCAAGUGUCACAGAUUGAAUAUUGUUGUUUACUCCAUUACAUGGUCUUGUGGAUACUGAUUUUGGGUUUGUGUAUAUAUUUCCUUUGUUGUUUUC